AUGCUUUCUUCGCAGCUGAAGUCAACGUUCCUUCCCAACUUUUCUAUAUACAUGGCUGGGCUUGUACAACCACGAGGUAGCACACGAUUAGGUUUCUUCUUGUUUGCUGCUUUCGAUCUUGCAACGAUCAGACGUUCGAUUGAUCGCGUGCAUCGUUGCGUUGACCGUCGACAUAUGAUAUGCAUUGUCCAAAAACUCUGGCUGCGGGGAAGCCCUACACUUCCGAAGAGCCUUGGCGAGUAG